GGAUGGCCCAAUAUAAACGAUUCCUCUUUGUCCCUCCUGUUAUUUCUUCUUAAUUAUAUCAGUCUACACCGCCGCAUCAUAAUAUGCAGAACGGCGACCAUGUUCGCAAUGACAACGGUCACUCCUUCUCGCAUCCUGGCCUCAUUCUCCCAACUCAAUCUGUUCAGAAUCAGAUCCAUGAGUUAGCGAAGACCCUUCCGCCUCCAAGAAAGCAAAACACCGCGUGUGAUGCCUGCAGGUCCCGAAAGGUCAAAUGCAAUAGACUUCCUGGCGAAGACAAGCGCCAGCACUGCUUGUCCAAGAAUUAUCCUUGCACCCAUUUCGUUCAACAAGCGACCAGCGAAAAGAAGCGUAGCGCUGCCGCUCGGAGGCCGAGAAAUAUAUCAACAAGCUCAAGGUUAGCUUUGGGCACUCCUAUCUCGUCUCGCUUAUUCACUGUUUCAUCGCCCAUCGCUGAACAUAAUACUCCCCCCUGGCUUAAAGCCGCAUUUGGUCCAUGGAAUUCAGGGCGCCUGCAAAGUUAUGGUGGUCUCAACAUGCAAUCCACUACUCCAACGCUUCUUCAUCACCUGUUUGCUGCGCCGGAAAGCGACUCCACAUUUAUGUUCAAAUCACGAUCACCAGGCUACGCCACAUGGGGAGACAUGGCAUCCAAACUUGAAGACGAAGCCUUCCGAGCAGAGUUCGCCCUUGACCUUGUUGAAGUUUAUUUCCAGAUAGUCCAUACUCGUCUUCCUCUUCUCAACCCCUUGCAGUUUCGCGCGCGGUUAAAUCUCCAGGCGACUCAACAAAGGCCAGUGAUUGCAAAGCAGGACGAACCAUUACACCCAGCCCUUAUCGCAACAGUGCUUGCCUGGGGUGCAAAAUUCUCCGAACAUCCCCUUCUGGUGGCGGAUCGCGAAAGAAAUGGUGGGCAAAGCCUGCUCGCUAAAGCACUCAUCAACCGCACCCGAGAGUUGGCCGAGUCAUUAAAAGUGCACCGCAUACCAAACCCACAUCAUGUCGUCAUCUCGUUGCUCAUCGAACCUCUGCAAUGUCAGGAUCCACGACAUGACAACGGCUUCCACGGGUUCUGGCUCACCAGCGGAAUACGUAACUUACUUGGAUUGCAGAUCAAUCACAAAUCCGUGAUGGGGCUUAUCAAAGAUCCCGAGGCGCGCGGUACCAUGAUUUUCGCUUGGUGGAUGGCUUGUCUGUCGGAUGCAUUCUCCUCGUUUUAUUACCGCCGGAAGCCUAUGCUUGAUGACGACGACUAUGACAUCGACUUCUACACCGCUGAUCAGAAUACCCAGGAGACCACCGACCCCACGGCUCCAUCCCCUAGAGAACAACUUGAGUUUUUGGGGUACUACCGAGCUGCACACGCCCUUGCUCGGAUCUCCCGGACAAUUGCACGCCAACUCUGGAGACCAUCUACAGAUCAAGACGGCAUUCCCCUUGAUUCCGUCCUGUCGUACAUCUCGGACCUAAGUAAAUGGAGAGAUGCUCAUUUGUCCAAGGUCGGUGUGCCACCUAAUUUGGAGGCUAAUUGGGAUUUCGUAUCUGCGGUCUCUGCAUGUGCAAGCGAUGCUCAGUAUCACGUCACCUGGGUAGCCCUUUUCUUUGCGAUGGAUGAGUUUGGGAUCCGCGACGACGCUUUCACGCCAAGUAAUAUCAAUCAGGUGGAGACUGCAAAACGUAGAGUCAUGGAAGAAGCUCUGCAAGCUUCUUUGCGCAUCGCGGCGCUCGCUGGAGUACUUACUUCAAAUGGCUACUUGAAACUGGAUCCUGCGGUCAUGCAUGUCAGUUGUAUCAAUGCAGGAAAUUUACUUGCUCGGCUGGGUCGUCCCGAAGUGCUUCAGUGCAUCAAGGCGUUGGAACAAUACAGCUAUGCUUAUGAAGAGACGAAGGAACAUGCACUGGAUAUCAGCCGCGAGUAUGAAAUUGCGCUGCUAAAGGGUCCGAAUAAUUUCCAAGAAAUGGCUAGCGCUAUCAACCCAUCUUCUCGUGCCUUCCACGCAGACACCAUGAGCGUCGACGCACUAACCAACGGCAACGGCAAGCACCAUGGAAAUACGAUCAGUUACUUGCUAUCCCCCAAGCCCUCGCCCGUGACGGGCUGUUGA